AUGAAUCAUAAUUCACUUGUCAUGAGUUUAUUGGAAAGGACACGACAAUUACAUGAAGAAAUUGAGCUUUUUGAAGAUGAGAUAGUUAGAAGAAUUAAGAACCAACCAGUUCUUCAAGAAGAUAAAAUCAAGAAUGAACAUAUAAUUAUGAAACUCAAUCACGAAAUUAAUCAAAGAACGGGAGAAUUAAUUAGUUUAUAUGAAGAUAAAAAUGGGAAGAAAGAAGAAGAGUUACAAAUGAUAAGUGGGAAUGGAAAUACUGCUGACCUUUUAAAAUUAUUUUACCAAGGAAUUGAACAAAUAAAAAAUGAAUUUAAAGGAAAACCAGUUUCAUUUAUUGAAAGUGUUGGACCAAGUGAUGAUAUUUAUGAAAUUACAAUACCAUUUUCUGGUGAAGAAAUGAAUGGAAAAUGUAUUGAUUUAAUUGUGAUAUUUAAUGAAAUGAUAAAUUUAGUUGAAGACAUUAGUCAAGACGACUGGAAAUAUAUUGAUUAUAUUAGAGAGUUUUGGGAAUGGGAAUCACCGCAAAAUCAGAAAAGAAGAUAUCAUUGUUCAUGUAAUAAAUGGAAGAAUUAUGUAAAUAAUAUUUUAAAAUAUCUUAUUAGUUUUAUUGAAAGAAGUCAACCAUUAUUUGACAUAAAUAUGAAUAUUAGUAUUACUAAAAAACAAUUUAGUGAUGAGCAAAUUAAUGACAUGAAUUAUAAAGAAGAGGUAUUAAAAAAGAAUUGUUUUUGUGUGUAUUGUGAUAAAAAGUUUUCAAAAGAAACAGUUGUAGAAUCUCAUUUCAAAAGUAAAAAACAUUUUCAAAUGGUAAAAAAAAGUGAAGAAAGAAGUAUUAAUGAAACAAUGUUAUUAAUAAAAGAAUUAAUGACAAAUGAAGAAAUGAAAAAAGUUGUUCAAUCAACAAUAGAAAAUUUAAACUUAAAAAUGGGAAGAACAGUAAAAGAAUUAGAUGAAAUAGCUAAAGGAAAUAUUAUGGAUGAAAUUGAAAUAAAUGAAGAAGAUUUAGAAAAUAAUGAAGAAAUAAGAAAAGGAAUAGAUAACUACCCAAUUGGAGAUGAUGGAAGACCAAUUCCAUUUUGGUUAUAUAAACUUCAUGGACUUGGAACAGAAUUUAAAUGUGAAAUUUGUGGAAAUAAAAGUUAUUUUGGAAGAAAAGAAUAUGAAAAACAUUUUCAAGAAGCCCAACACGUAAGAGGACUUAAAUGUCUUGGUAUAGCUAAUUCUGUAGAAUUUUUUGAUAUUUGUAGAAUUAAAGAUGCAUUAGCACUUGCUCAUAAAUUAGAUGUAAUGAAAAAAGAAGCAGAAUUUGAUGUUGCAAAUGAUGAAGAAUUUGAAGAUGCUGAAGGAAAUAUUAUUUUAAAGAAAGAUUAUUUAUUAUUACAAAAGCAAGGAUUGAUUUAA